UUGAAGAUGGCCGACUCGGACUCGGAUGCGAGCAGAAAUGAAAAUAUUUUAACAGAUUCUUUCCUCCAUUUGGAAGAAAUAGACGUGAACCUGUACAGGGGUGUAAAUUUGUUCCAUCCAACUGGGGCAAGGGCAGUGUACGGAGGUCAAGUCGUGGCUCACGCCUUGCGAGCAGCUUACACAACAGUCCAAUCCGAGCACCAUGCCCACAGUGUACAUUGCUACUUCCUGAAGGGAGGAAGUGCAGACAACCCCAUCCUGUACUAUGUGGACCACACACGUGAGGGUCGGACAUACUGCAACCGCAAUGUCAAGGCCAUACAAGAUGGAGCAGCCAUCUUCACGAUGCAGGCAUCCUUCAAGAAAGCAGAAACUGAUGUGUACACCCACCAGUACUCUAUGCCUGAUGUGCCUGGGCCGGAAGGACUGCUGUCUAGUCUGGAGAUCAUGGAGAGGCAGCUCAAGUCAGACAAUGUGUCAGAAAGGAGGAAGCAGUAUUUAGAAAAGAGACUGACAGAAAAAGUGACAUAUGAAAAUCGUCCAGUGAACGAGCAGUAUUCUUCAAAAGAGGAACCGAUGGCGCCCUUCACCUACAACUGGGUCCGGGCUCUUGGACAUAUAGGUGAUGACUCCAGGAUGCACCAGUGUGUAGCUGUUUAUCUGUCAGACUCUAUCCUGGAUGUUGCGGUCCUCCCUGGUGGGAUCCAUGGAACUAACAGUAGACGGAGGAUGUUCAUGACAUCGCUGGAUCACUCUGUGUGGUUCCACAACCCAUUCUGUAUUGACGAAUGGAUGCUUUAUGAGAAGGAGAGUCCACAUUGUGGUGAUGGCCGGGCAAUGACCCUUGGUCGACUGUGGAAGAGGGACGGCACACUCGCCAUGUCGGUAGCCCAGGAGGGAGUCGUUAGAACCUUCAAGUCCAGUUUAUGAUACACAUAUGCAGCAGAAUAGGCGCGCUUGACUGAAACUGUUACUCCAGACAUCGGUUCUUAGUUUACUUCAUGAUUACUGCCAGGACAUUACUACACAAUAAUACUUACCGUUUUCAAUGAUAUAAGUGUCCUGGUUGUGGCGGACUUGCUAAUCAAACUAGAUAAGAUUUAACUAUAUUCUCAAAGAUCAAAUGGUUGAGAAUACAUUUUACGUGAUUGUUGAGCAAACUGGGAGUGUUUGAAUGGUUCCUGAGCAAUAAUAUUACCAUCUGUGCUGCUGUUCUGAGUAAGUCUGAUAUACACUACAAUGUAUGGACUGUCAGGUACAUAUACAUACAUCUGUCACAGAUUGGUCUGGAAGUUGGAUGGGACACUUGUUGGAGCAGGGCUCUUAUUAUGGUGAAUGCAGUACAGUACACAAAGUCCGCAGUCUAGACUACCAGUUGUCUGACUUCCAUUUUUGGGAAGCUGCGCUGGCUGAGUGGGUUAGAUGGCAGACUUGUGUGCUGGCGAUUAGGUGCGUGACUCUGAG